AUGUGGCAUCGCCUAGGCUUGCGCAAGUUGCUAGGCCGUGAACAACGCGAUACUUCUUCUUCCUGUUCGCCUUGCCAGUCCCGUCCUCAAUCCUAUCCCGUCUCCGGCGCUUCCUCUCCCGAUACUACGCCCAAUGGCAGCACCGCCAAUGUCAAACCCCAUGAAACCAUGACCCGCAGAUUGACGCGCCGGGUCGGUGUUGUAUCCCGUGCCACCACCUUCAAACGCCAGGUCUCCGAACAGAGAGAUCGUCUGGAACCCUUCGAGCCGCCCGAACCCCGCCGUGCCGCGUCCGCCGACCGUCGCCGCCCAGUCAGUUCUCAGACCCAGGGAACCAAAACUCCACAGCCCGCUCCGGGCCCGCGGACGUCCGCCCCCGAAAUACAAUGGCGCGAGCAAGGCGAAAAACACGGAGAGGGAGAGGACGCAUCAGCGGUGAUAGCAGAAGCCGCAGAGGAAACCGAGACUACGCGGAGCCGCCGUCCCCCGGAACCAGACCCAAACAUGGAGACUAUGGAUCCCGCGGAGGAGAGUCGCAUCAUCGAAAUGGAGCUGGAGAAGCGAUGGAUCUUGAACCUGACCAUGCACUUCCGUGAUCGCUCGCGGCGUGAGAAACUGUUCGUCACCUAUGCUGAGACCCCUACACUCUGGCGCCGGGUCACCGUCUCGUGUGACUACCGGAGUCCAGAGCCGGAUUCGCUGGAACAGGAUCUGAGUGAAAUGUGGAACCAGAAAGACCGCUGCGCGCGCAUCUACGAGUCGCUCCGCGAAUCGCUGGCUGAGAUCCAGUUCUACGACACGGUUACGAAUCUCAAGCUAGAGACUCGCGAUGGCCGUCUGCAUGUGCAUGUGACAGAGGACGUGAACGAGACCAUUGCCUAUCCUGCGAUUUUCCACAUUGGGCAUUUGCCAGGGAUCAAGCUUGUCUCUGAAGACCAUCUACACUUCGUGAGACAUGAAUCUGGAUUUGUCUACCACGUGGAAUUGAACGGUCGAUCCUUUAUCAAAAAGGAAAUCCCCGGCCCCGACAUGGUCGAUGAGUUUCUCUACGAAAUCAACGCGCUUCAUGAGCUCCUGGGUGCGCAGAAUGUCAUCCAGCUCGAGGCUAUUGUGGUGGAUGAGGAGCGCCAAGUUAUCAAGGGUCUGUUGAUCGGCUACGCAGACAAGGGAGCUUUGGUCGACAUGCUCUACUACCGCGAUGGCAAGAACACCAUCUCCUGGAAGCGGCGGGAACGCUGGGCGAAGCAGAUUGUUCAGGGCUUGGCUGAAAUCCACGAAGCCGGCUUCGUGCAAGGAGACUUUACCCUGUCGAAUAUCGUGCUCGAUGGCAACGACGAUGCAAAGAUCAUUGAUAUCAAUCGCCGGGGUUGCCCUGUCGGCUGGGAGCCGCCGGAGAUUGUGGCUAAGCUUGAAAGCAAGCAGCGGAUCUCCAUGUACAUUGGUGUCAAAACAGAUCUUUUUCAGUUGGGAAUGACCCUGUGGGCCGUCGCAACUGAGAACGACGAGCCCGAACGACAAUGCCGUCCAUUGCUCAUCCCCGACGACAUAGACAUCCCAGACUACUAUCGAAGACUGGUAGCCAUUUGCAUGAGCCCAUAUCCUCAGCAAAGACUCUCGGCCAAGGAACUCUUGACCCUGUUCCCACCCUUUAUCCCUCCGACAUCGCACGCAUUGCCGAUGGUAUACUACCCACCGCCCACAGGCAUGGGCGUCGGGCCACGCACCAGCCAUCCUCAUCCUCAUCCUCCUUUGGAGAAUGGGUUUGCUUAUCUCCAUUCGCGGGCUGGUUCCGCCGAGGAGAGCCAGCAACCUCAAUCCCCGGGCCAACAGCACCCACAGGAUGAUGGGUACUCAUCCAUGAGCCGCCAGUCUCAUUCCGACACCGGGCCGCGUCGUGUCAGCUAUAUCCAGUCUGAUGGCGAGAAAACGCGGCCUGUAUCUCCGGAGGCCGUCGAGGAGGAACCGAAGCCCAUCGAGGCUUCCAUGCAGCUUGUUCCUCGGGUAGAUCCGUUGGAUUUUCUGAGGAGGCAGGCGGCGAAUACAGAUGCAAAUACGAAUAAUACAAACAACAACAACUAAUUGGAGGGCGCGAUAUGGCCUCUCGACCCUGAAAUUGUUAUCAUUGGCGAUGGAGUUUGGAUAUGGAGUUUUGGACUUGGAGCUUGAUUUUCACCUAUUUGUCUCCUUUUUUGUGAUUUGAAUUUGUUUUCUCUUAUUAUAUCCCCAAGAUUGAAGCUCUCUUGACGACGAUACGCUUUCCUAUGUCUAUUUAUUUGUAUUUCCUUGUGUUCUCGGCGAUCUGUUGGUUGGUUGAUUGAUUGAUUGGUGUCAAUACUUCACUUCUCCUUCUUCCAUAAGGACUGUAUUAGUCUUAGUAUUCUGCCAUUCCUGUCUCAUACAAUAGACGUGAUUCACUGUAUACACGCAAUAUAUGCACCAUGUGCCAAGAAAAGAAAAGGGCAC